UUCAGUGUGCGCCGGAACGCCAUCGCGAGUGCAUCGCUGCAAAUCUAAAGCAAAUCAGUCGAAGUACCCAUCAACGGCGUGUGCGCGAGUGCGUGUUACGUAGUCGAUUACGCGAUCAAUUUGAAGCAUCAUCAUGUCCGAACUGAACACGCUGCUCUAUGGAGUGUUGACGUUCCUCAUAUUCGCUCCCUUCUUGCAGUGGUUGGUCAAGCGGAUACGCCAAAUUCAGAUCAUUGACCGGAUUCCGGGCCCCAAGGCGUACCCCCUAGUCGGGACCACUUACAUGUUCUUCGGGAAGAAACGACAUGAAAUAUUCUACGUCAUUGACGAGCGCACCCGUCGCUAUCCGGAAAUCCACCGGAUCUGGACCGGUAUGCGGCCGGAAGUGCGCAUCAGCAAGGCAGAAUAUGUGGAAGCUGUUAUUGGCGCUAGCAAACACAUCGAAAAAUCUCACGGCUACCUGUUCCUAUCGGAAUGGCUCGGCGAGGGAUUGCUAACAUCCAAAGGUGAGCGCUGGUUCAAGCAUCGGAAGCUGAUAACCCCCACAUUUCACUUCAACAUCUUGGAAGGCUUCUGUGAUGUGUUUUCCGAGCAGGGAUCGAUCAUGGCCGAGCUGCUGGAACCGUAUGCUGAUACCGGAAAGCCGGUCGACAUUUUCCCUUUCAUCACCAAAGCCGCCUUAGACAUCAUCUGCGAAACGGCCAUGGGGGUCAAGGUUAAUGCCCAAACGCAGGGAGAGAACGACUACGUAAAGGCGAUCUACGCGUUGAGUGAGCUGUUUCUGGAACGGUUGAUCAGGCCGUGGAUUCAUUCGGAUUUUAUGUUCAAACGAUCCAAGUAUGGAAAGGAACACAAGAAGGCAUUGGAUAUGGUGCAUAACUACACUAAAAAGGUCAUCCGUGAUCGGAAGGACACUCUGAAUCGGAAACAGCGACAAUCCGAUGACAGUCUGGCCCAGAAGAACGCUUCGGAUUCGAAGGGCGUUUACGGAGCAAAAAAGCGGCUCGCCUUUCUGGAUCUGCUGCUGCAGUGGAACGUGCAAAAUAAUCAACUCACCGACGACGACGUCCGCCAAGAGGUCGACACGUUUAUGUUCGAGGGCCACGAUACAACGACAGCCGGCAUGAGCUGGGCCCUGUUUCUGCUCGGGUUGCAUCCGGACGUGCAGGAUCUGGUGCACCAGGAAAUUGAUUCGAUUUUCGAUGGCUCCGAUCGUCCGGCCACGAUGAAGGACCUCGGCGAGAUGAAGCUUCUGGAACGCUGUCUGAAGGAAGCACUCCGACUCUAUCCGUCCGUGGCAUUUUUCGGACGUACGCUGAGCGAGGACGUCACUCUGGGUGGCUAUCACAUACCGCAGGGCACGCUGCUGGGAAUUCACGCGUAUCACGUGCACCGGGACGAACGAUUCUACCCGGAUCCUGAGAAAUUCGACCCGGACCGCUUUCUGCCGGAAAAUACCGAAAACCGGCACCCGUACGCAUACAUCCCGUUCAGUGCUGGGCCACGAAACUGCAUCGGACAGAAGUUUGCCAUCCUAGAGGAGAAAAGUGUACUGGCAGCGGUGCUCCGGAAGUACCGGAUCCGGUCGGCCAACACCCGGGAAGAGCAGCUCAUCAACGUCGAGCUGAUCACCCGGCCCAAGGAUGGCAUUCGGCUUUACCUGGAAAAAAGGAAAUGAAGUUGGAUAUCGGUGGAUAGUUUGUGA